CAACAACAGAUACAGAUACAAGUUCAUUCAGACUGAGCUUCUUACUGGAACGCACUCUGGCACCUGAGGCCUGAUCAUUCUCCUCUGUCCGACGUCUGCACGACUGGGAAUGGCUGAUCUGGGCCCUGAGCUGUUCUCCGAGCAGGAGCUGACCUGCUCCAUCUGUCUGGACCUGUUCAGCGAGCCCGUCUCCACGCCCUGUGGACACAACUUCUGCCAGGCCUGCAUCGGCGGCUACUGGGCAUCCAGCUCCGUCUACACCUGCCCGCUGUGCAAGCGGCCCUUCGAGGAGCGUCCCGAGCUCAGCAUCAACCGGGUGUUCGCCCACAUCGCCCAGAAAUACAGAGAGAUCCGCUAUGGGGGGCCGCCGCCCAUCAAGCCGCGACAGAGGACGCUGGCCAGUGUAUCCGUUCCCACAGGAGCCAGCGCAGGAGACGAGGCUCUGUGUGAUAUCUGCACGGGCAGGAAGGAGAAAGCGGUCAGUUCCUGUCUGACCUGCACUGCGUCCUACUGCGAGACACAUGUGCUGCCUCACCGCCAGGUGCCGUUCUACGCUUCCCACCGACUGAUGGACCCCCGUGAGGCACUGCGGGGACGGACCUGCCGCGAGCACGGCCGGCUGCUGGAGGUUUACUGCAGAACUGACCAGCGCUGCAUCUGCGCCAUCUGCGUCCUGGAGGAACACCGGACACAUACCACUGUCUCUGUACAGACCGAACGAGUGGUCAAGCAGAAACUGCUGGGGAAGACUGAACUGGACAUCCAGACGUCCAUUGAGAGGCGAAUGCUGCGGCUGACUGAUCUGAAGCGCCGGCUGCAGACAGUCAGAAGCUACGCUCAUGCCGAGCUGUCUGAGGUGGAGCAGGUCCUCGCAGACGUCACUCACUCCGUGGAGCGAAUCCGCAGCGAGCUGGUGGGCGGGAUCGAGCAGAAACGGGACGAAGUGAUUGGCCGAGGGGAGAGGGUCACCUCCCACCUGGAGGCGGAGCUGGGGCAGCUGCAGGAGCGCAGGGCUCGACUGGAGGCCCAGGCAACUUCAGAAGAUCACAUUGCCUUUCUACAGAGUUUCGAGGAGGCUAACAUCUCCUACCAAGACAUGGACAUGCUGCACCCGCAAGAGGAGCCUGACCUGUUGCUGCACUUCUCUCUGGGGGAGGUGAAGGCUGCUUUGGGGGACAUUCGGGAACGGCUGGAUGAUAUUCACAUGGGGGAAAUUCACUACCGCCACUCAGUGUCCUCGCUGCCGGAGUCUGAGAGCAUGAUGAGUAUUCGAUCUAUGAAGAAGAAGGAGUUUUCGCUCAGAGAUCUUCGGAAGAUCAAAUCAAGUCACAAAAAGGUGAAAGGCUAUCUAGAGGACAUAACUCUGAACCCGGUGACCGCAUACCCGUUCCUCAUCCUCUCCGAGGACCGGAAGCAGCUGAAGCGCGGAGAGAAGCUGCAGUUCUUCAGGAACAGCCCUCAACGCUUUGACGUGUGGUCCUGCAUCACCGCCAAAGAGGGAUACGAGUCAGGGCGACACUACUGGGAGGUGAAUGUAGGGGAUAAUAAGGACUGGAAGGUGGGAGUCGUGCGAGAGUCAGCUCAGAGGAAGGGUCUGUUCGAUAUGAGUCCAGCUAAUGGUUACUUUGCUUUAUGGUGGAACAGCAACCAUCUGCGUGCCGUCACCACCCCCCCGCUCACUAAGGUCAAGGGCACGAACCGCCUGCGCCAUGUGGGCGUUUACCUGGACUGUGAGGAGGGUCAGGUAACCUUCUUUAACGCCAAGACAGGCUCAGAGGUGUACACCUUCACCGCACCCACCGCCUUCUCCGAGAGAAUGUACCCUCUAUUCGGAACUGCAGAUAAAGAGGUUCCUCUGGUUCUGCUAACUGCAGUCCCUCACUUCACUGAGUGAAGUCUGGAAGGUAAACCCAGUGUUUCCCUAUUUCAGUCCAGUAAGAAACUCUAGAACAGACUCGGUUUAUAUCACAAUACCUACAUUUAGAGUCGGUUAUUCA